UUUACAUUUAUGUAAAGCAGAGUAAAAAAGAGAGAUGAUUCAAAUAAAGAGAUCAUGAAUGUAUUAAUAGCAGAAGAUGAUCUAUUCUAAAGUAAAUAAAUUUUAAAUUUUGAUAGGAGUAGCUAUAGUCGAUUUAUUAUAAUUAUGUGGAUUUUAAGUGAUUGCUUGUAAAAAUGGUUUGGAAGCUAGAGAUGAACUUUUAAAAAAUGAGAACGAGUUUGAUUUAAUUCUUUUAGAUUUACUGAUGCCAGAAAUGGGAGGACUUGAUUUGUUAAAAAUUAUAAAAAGGUAGAUUUUUAAAUGUAUUGUAGCAUUGACAAACUCAAAGAAACCCCUGUUAUUAUGAUGAGUGGAGAUGGAGAAACUGAUAUUGUUGCUGCUUGUCUAGGAGCUGGUGCAAUUAAUUAUUUAGUUAAGCCUGUCAACUUUAAAUAAUUUUAAAGUUUAUAAGAAUUAGUUAAGAAGAAACCUAAAACUAGAAAUGUAAGUUUUUGUUCUAAUUAGAAUAAUUCAAAUGAAAAAGGCUUUUAUGAAGUUGUAAGAGAUUUAGGAAGAGGAGCCUUUGGUUGUGUUCAACUAGUUAGAAAAAGUACUGAUUAAGAAUUAUAUGCAAUGAAAGUAAUUUUUAAAUGAACUUAGGUUAUCCCUACCUUAUUUAUGAAUGAAUAAGAAAAAAAGAAUGCUGAAAAUGAGGUAAGUUUACUAAAAGUUUUAACUGCUCCAACAAUUAUAAAAUAUUAUGAAAGUUUUGCUGAAAAUGAAUCUUUAAAUAUAAUAAUGGAGUAUGCAGAAGGAGGAUCAUUAAAUGAAAAAAUUUCAGAGCAUACUAAAGUAGGUUAAAAAAUACCAAAGGAUCAAAUAUUAGCAUGGAUGGCUUAAUUAGUUAUUGCAAUACAUUUUAUGCAUUCUAAAAACAUUCUUCAUAGAGAUAUUAAAACACAAAAUAUGUUUUUGAAUAAAGGUUUUAAUUUUAUCAUAAUUUUAAUAGAAUAGGUUAUUAAAUUAGGAGAUUUUGGAAUCUCUAAAGCAUUAGGAACUCAUGGAAAUUUCGCAUAAACUUUUUUAGGAACUCCUUACUUUAUGCCUCCAGAAGUUAUUAGAGGUGAACCAUAUGGGAAAAAAGCAGAUAUUUGGGCAUUAGGAUGUGCAUUAUAUGAAUUAGUUAUGUUAAAAAGACCAUUUUAACAUGAUGUUAUGCAAAUUGUAUUUGACAUGAUACAAAAUAAACCUUAUGAUAUGGAUCCUUCCGUUGAUUAAGAUCUUUAAUAACUAAUAGAAAAAACAUUAUAAAAAGACCCUAAUAAAAGGCCAUUUGUAGAAGAUUUAGCUAAUCUCCCUUGCAUUGAAGAAAAAAUUAACUAAUUUUAUAUAGAUCAUCCUAAUGAAAGUAAAUUCUCUUGAAAUUUAUAGCAAAUUAGAUAUUUUUCAAAAAAUAUUAACUUGGAUAAAAUAAUGAUGAUGGUGGCAAUUCUUAAAACCCAGAAGAUAAUUGUUUGAAAGUAGUUGCAGCAAUGAUUGAUAAAGUUUAACUUAGAAAAAUAACUAUAGGAAUUGUUAAUCAAAUGUAAUUAUGCUUAGUUAUAUAUUUAGUGAAUAAAUUGGAGUCUUAGGAUAAGAUAUUCUUAAUUAUCUUAAAUAAAAUUUUGAUAAAAAAAAUGAAGCUGAAUUGUAAUAAUUUGUAUCAACUCUACUUGAAUAACAUUUAAUUAUUCCAUUAGAUAAUAAUAAUAGCUAACAACUUAUCUCUACAUCUUAUUAUACUUUUCCAAUGUUUUUAGAAUUUAUACCAGCAAAUAAUUAUUAAGUAUUUACAAGCAAUUCUUAAGAUAUGAUGUUUAUUCUAAAAAAACUAAUGAGAAAAUUUAAAGAGUUUUAAAGAAAAAUUACAGAAAAAAAAUAAAUAAGUUUUGAAACUUUCAAUAAAAACUUUAAUGAUUUUUUUUAGAUAGUUCAUUAAACAUUAGAGCUCUAGAAAGCAACUAUGAUAGAUUAUUCUCCAUAAAAAAAAUUGGCAGUUUAUGUUAAUAUUUAUCAAUUAAUGAGACUUCAUUAGUAAUUUAUUUAAAAUAUGUAGAUCCUUACAAUAAUAUUAUUGCGAAAAUCUGUAAAAGAAAAAAGAAUUAAUUAAAGAACCAUGCACUUUAUUAUAAUCUGUAAUUUCUACAAUUUUAUCACCCCAAUCAAAAGCAUCAGAUUUCUCUUACUGUAUAAGUGGUUAGAUUACUUCUUUAGGAUAAAUAAAACAUGGAAUCUUGAGAAGUAAUAAAAAUGCAGAAAAUAAUCAUUUAUUACCUAAAGAUGAUCUUAGAGUCUUAUAAUCAGACACAAAAGGGAUUUUUAUUUUAUUUAUUGAAGAAUAUUAAGAUCAAUAAUCAUUAAUUACUUAAGAGCUAAUAUUUUUAGAUGAAGGAUAAAUUACUUAAUACAUCUAAAAAUAAACUUAAUAAUUCAUAUAAAAAAAUGUCAUACUUGACUUAGUAGAAUAAGAAAUUGUGAUUCACCCUCUGUUAUAAAGUAAAUUAUUUAUUAAUUCAAGAAUACAUUUAUGAUUUUGGAUCUUAAAGAAAGCUUAUUGAAUGGCUUUUGGAUAAUAUCGAUGAAGGUUAGGACAAUAAAAAAAUACUCAAUCAGUUUGACAAAAAAGAAUUCUUUAUUUUGUUUAAAGAUCCUAACGUAUUAGUUAAAUAUUGAUUGAAUAUUAAAUUUAAUAUAGCUAGAUGC